AAUAUGAAAUAUGAAUGAGAUCGAAAUGUGUACGGUUGCUAAAGCACGUCCUCCUUUCAGAUUCGUGUUUACUUUCACCUUGUCGUGAUUAUUCACUAGUUUACCAUACAUACAUAACAGUCGUAAAUGUUCGCUCUGAAGCUACUUUCGUUAGUGUUAUAAUACUCAUGUCAUGGCGCGGACAUCCACAGAGAUGCCACAGAAAAGUUAUUGUGUUGUGUUUAUUUUAUUUGCUCUAGCGAUAGUACAGGCGGUUGGUUACGACACGGAGCUAACGAAGCCUUGCGACAGUACAGCCUGCUUCGAUGAGCUCCACGGGUCUUUGGGGGACUGCUCGUGUAAAGUUGACACGAUUGACUUCUUCAAUAAUGUGAAGAUCUUUCCCCGCAUCCAGAGUAUAGUCACGAAAGACUACUUUCGUUUUUAUAAGGUAAAUUUGAAAAAGGAAUGCCCGUUCUGGGCUGAUGACAGUAGGUGUGCUAUGAAAUACUGCCAUAUAAAGACUUGCACGAAGGAAAGUGUACCUGGCUAUGAAACUGGAUAUAAUAAUGAGUAUGUAGAUGAAACGCCUGCCACCAAAUACUCUAAAGAAGCACAGUCAGACUGUAAGUCUGAUUUGGAUCAUGAUCCUCAGUUGGGCUAUUUGAAUAUGACCAUUAGUGCUGCCAAUCAGUAUGAAAUAGCAAAAUGGAAAGUUCACGAUGAUGCACAUGAUAAUUUUUGUGAAAAUGAUGACCGUGAUGCUGAUGCAGAUUAUGUUGAUUUAACAUUAAACCCAGAGAGGUAUACAGGAUAUAAAGGGCCAUCUGCACACAGAAUUUGGAGGAGUAUUUAUCAAGAAAACUGCUUUCGUCCAAAAUUAAAUCCAUACGAAUCAUUCCCUUAUGUGUUAAGUUCAGAUCUGAGUAAUCUGUGUUUAGAAAAACGAGUGUUUUAUAGAGCUAUAUCUGGACUCCAUACAAGUAUUAAUAUACAUUUAUGUUCAAAGUUUCUUUUGUCAGAAAAAAGCUUAGGCUUUGUUGCUCCUCCGGAAGGAGAGUGGGGUCCAAACUUAGAAGAGUUUCAAAGGAGAUUUGAUCCCUCUCAAACUAUGGGUGAAAGUACAAAUUGGCUAAAAAAUCUAUAUUUUGUGUACUUAUUAGAAAUGAGGGCAUUGGCAAAAGCUGGGCCAUAUUUAGAACAAGAAGAAUAUUUUACGGGAAACCCAACAGAAGAUGAAGAGACCCGACAGGCGAUCAGCAACAUGUUGGGUGUUAUAUACUCAUUUCCUGAGCAUUUCAAUGAGUCUUCCAUGUUCAAAGGAGGCAGCCAAGUGGAGACACUGAAAAAUGAGUUCCGUGAUCAUUUCCGUAAUAUUUCCAGGAUCAUGGACUGUGUUGGCUGUGAUAAAUGCAAGUUGUGGGGUAAACUCCAAACUCAGGGGCUCGGGACUGCUUUGAAAAUAUUGUUCUCGGAUAAAUGGAAUAGCCCCGAAGCAGAUCCCUCAAGUGGGAAACUACCUUUAAGACAUAAGUCACAUAAAAAGCUACAAAGAACAGAGAUUGUGGCCCUGUUCAAUGCAUUUGCUAGAUUAUCAAACAGUAUUCGAGAACUGGAAAAUUUCAGAAUCAUGCUUAGCUCGCUCAAAGAGACGAAACUUAAUGUCUUCGGAAACGUACCGGAUCGGAAGAGGUCCGGAGAAGCGAAGAAGGAAGCCUGCAGCUCAGGAGCUGAGAAACCACGGACUUGGAGUUAAAUUAAACUAUAACUAGAUUUAACUAUUGACGCCUGAUAAACUUUGAUUAGCUCCUCUUUUCGUAAACUCUUUAUAGUUUUAAAUUUUUUUAUUUGGUGGCUUAUAUUAUUUGAAGCUUGACUUCUUUUGGCGCUUUUUGUUAAAACGGAUAAGUGUAUUUUAUAGCGUAUCUUUUACUGUAAAUGUUUCAUUGAAAAUUUAUGUCAGUAUUAUUUUUGAGUAAAAUUAUAUCAAAAUAAUUAAAAUAA